ACCAAAUCCCAAAAUUCCCUUGACACGUGUGUCGUGUGCGUUGAGCUUGUCGAUAGCGAUUCAGUGAUAGCGGUGGUAAUAAAAUAUUAGUUUACUAUUAAAUUCGAAAUCAUUAUCGAAAAAUACUCAACAUUUCAAUAUGAUUCUGGAAAUGGGCAGACUUAAAGAUGAUUUCUUGCGUGAUGAUGAAAGUGAUAGCAGUGACAGCGAUGUUAGCAUGAGUGACAGCAGCGACAGUGAUAGCGAUGACAAUGACUUUGACCAAUAUGAUUCAGAUUCAAAUGAUGGUAUACUUGAUGCAGAGCCUUCUUCCUCUGUUAAUGUUCCAGGUGGAAGUCAAGAAGGUCUGCCAUUAAAUGAAGAUGACGAAGAAGAUGAAGUUGUUAAGGCCAUAAUAAGAUCCAGAGAACAACAUAGCGAUCAUCCACCAGAUAUCAAGCUUGAUGAUUUUAUAAUUGAUAUUUCUUUUCAUCCUGUCAAGAAUUUAAUUGCUUUAGCGAGCAUGUCUGGAGAUGUACUUCUCUACAAAUAUGACAAUGCAGCUACAGAAUUAGUUUCUACAUUAGAGUUACACAUGAAAGCUUGCCGAGAUAUAGAAUUCAGUGAGGAUGGUAAAACACUUUUUUCUACUGCUAAAGACAAAUCUAUCAUGCUCACAGAUGUGGAAACUGAAAAACUUUGCAGACUUUAUGAAAAUAGUCAUGAAGAACCUAUUUAUACAAUGACUGUGAUAGAUGAGAAUCAAUUUGCAACUGGUGAUGAUAGUGGGACUGUGAAAUUGUGGGACUUGAGACAAAAGGGAGAUACACCAUUAUUUUCAUUGAAAGAAAUGGAAGAUUAUGUGAGCGCUAUGGUUACAACCAGUGAAAAAAAAUAUCUUGCUUGUGCCAGUGGAGAUGGUUCUCUUACGACAUUAAAUAUGCCUGCCAGGAAAAUGCAUGUCCAGUCUGAGGAAUACGAGCAGGAGCUGACAUGCUUAGGUUUAUUUAAAUCAGAAUCUAAACUGCUAGCGGGCAGUAGUAAAGGAAGAAUGUAUGUAUUUAACUGGGGAGAGUUUGGUCUACAUUCUGAUGAGUUUCCUAGUCUUACGAAGAAAUCAAUGAACUGUAUGGUACCGAUUACUGAGAACAUUGUUGUUACUGCGGGUGAAGAUGGAAUACUCAGAGCUACAAAUGUGUUUCCUUAUCGACAUCUGGGUGUGGUUGGGCAGCAUAGCAUGUCCGUGGAAGCUACAGACGUAAGUAACAAUGGCUCGCUUAUAGCAUCUACAUCACACGACAAUGAUGUGAAGUUUUGGAACGUUGAGUACUUUGAGACAUUGAAUAACACAGACUCCAGAAAAGGUAAUGGAAAGAAGCUAUCGAAAUACAAUUUACCAAGUAGCAAAGUGAAUAAUGCAUCAGAUUUCUUUUCCGACUUAUGUUAGGUAAAAAAAAAUUUCAAGUUCAGGUAUCAUAUUUCACUUAGAAACAUAAUCUGGAGAUUUUUGUUUUAAAUGUUUUAUGAAGGAAACAAAAUAUUCUUCAUAUCAUUUAAUUAUUAUUAGUACUUGUACAUACGUUUGUAAUAUGUAAUGUAAAAAUGCUUAUCGAUGUAUCAGUUUGAACAAAAUACAGUACUUUUGGUUUUUAUACAAAAA